UUCUUUUUUUUGUAAAUUAAUGGAUUGCAACCUUUGGCAACCCAAAUUAGAGUGGACCCCAAGUACAACACCAAGCCUGUGGAUUGUGUGUGAUGUACUGUAAGUGCAGUUAACCUUCACUGAUCCCUGAACAAAUCUGAAAGCUCACUAAUACAGAGAAUCCAUCAUGAAAAUCUGAAUAGAAUCUCCCAUCCGCUAACGGAUGGGAGAGGGGCAUACUCCAUGAAUGAGCGGGACGGUUUUGUGCAUGCAAAUUGAGGCUAGACACACAGACACACCCUUCCCCCCACUCAUGUGCAGAAAAAUGUGAAUGAGGAAGUGGGAGCUGAAGAUGAAACGGCAACCCCCCCUCCAUCCAUUCUUCCUACAUACAUCCCUGUGCUCUCCUCCUCCUCCUCCUCUCAGACUUUAGCCUUGUGCUCAUGUGAUUCCAUGAUUAGACCGCCCACGCAACAUACACAUACUCUUCAUACACACACGUGCACACACUUCUUCCCAUCACAUACAUGAACACUGCCCGCCUUGCCUCCCAUCAUAUAUAUUGCCUGCUUGGAUAUAUAUACCAUUACACCCGCCGCAUGCUCACGUGGCGGCGGCAACCCUCCAUCCCCCCUUUGCUGCAGAUCAGUCAAUGAGCAGCUUCAGUCAGUGGGGAAGAAUUAUCCACACUGGCACUUAGGAACAGAGGCAGGCACAUGGGAAGCCGGAGUGAACAUUGUUUCUGCAUCGCUGGUGGACUUAUUGAACAGUUUUGUUGAAAGUAGAUCUCUAAUGACCCCUGAAAGUGUCUUUGAGAAAGAAUGAGACCUCUCCUCAUUUUUUGUGUCUGAAUGGCUCAGUUGAGGAAAUGCUCAUUUAACCAUUCAGAAUGUUUUUCAUAGCUGUGGACUAAAUACAAAAGCAAAUAUUCUGUGACUUCCUGUCACUUAUUCAUUCCUGUCAUCCCAAAACGUAGUUAUCUGAUAAUGUUUUACAUCACCUUAAAAACAUGGUUGGAUUAAUCAAAAAAUGUACUAUUGAAGUUGUAUUUUAUUCUGUUUGGACUUAUUUUCUUGUACAGACACCGCAUUUUAUUAUUUCAAGGCAGCCUGCUUUGAGUGUAUUUCUCUGUCAAAAUAUUUAGUAAUCUUCUAUAUCUAAUCAUUCAUUAUAAUGGUCAGUGUUCCCACAUUUUUUGUGGUACAUUGUGUGCUGUUUUUAUUUUUAGCCACAUGAAUGAAACCCCCACCCAUCCAUUCAAAGCUUUUCCCUCAUAUCUUCUUCAAACUUUGUGCACAUGGUGUGUCUCACAACCUCCACCUCUGACACACUCAGCCCUGCCUACUUUGUACAUCUCCCACCCAAUGAGGGCCCUCUCUCUCUGCCAACCUCUGCUGCAGCAGCCGCCUGGUUGGCUGCUAUUCUUGGGCAUUUUUGGAAGAAGGCGGGGAUUAGAGUACCUCGUUCUCCCUCUGUUUACACACAUACGAGAGCAGGCAGUAACUGAGUGAAUGAGGGAGAGUCAGGGGGAGCGAUGGAGUGUAUCUUCUCUGCCUGGCAUCCUCGCUUUCCCACAGCUGUGCUUCCACUCUCUUGUUCUUCUGUGGACAUUGUUUUUAUCCAUCUGCUCAUCUCCCACUGAUCAAAGCUUCCACAGCACUAACCAGUGGACUGUCUGCUUGCAGUGGAUUUCGCUCAGGCAAGCAAUAUAGGAGCACAAAGUGUCCCUGCUGUCUGUUUCUCUGUGGAGCAGGCAGAAUUGGAGGACGACCAGAAAGCUCUGCGCUCUCGCUCAGUUUUAGUUUUGCUCCCCAUGCUCGACUUUGCGCUGAAAUGCCAGAAGUGAGUUAUUUCAUCUCCGCGUCGUGGAUGUUUAUUCAGUUCAAGAGGAUGCUGAACCGAGAGCUCAGCCAGCUGUCAGAAACCAGCCGUUCAGGGAACCAGGUGUCUGAGUUCAUCUCUAGCACUUUCCUAGAGAAGCAACAUGACAUGGACAUCAUGUCUCCCCCGGCCAAGGAAAAGGACAAGAAGAAGCGGCCCAUGUCCCAGAUCAGUGGCGUGAAGAAAGCCACCCAUAGCCCCACCCUCGCCCCCUCCACCAUCCCUCGCUUCGGAGUCAAUGCCAGUCAGGAAGGACUCCUAGCAAGGGAGUUGGAGGACAUAAACAGAUGGGGUAUUGACAUCUUUAAGGUCUCAGAGUAUUCUGGAAACCGCCCGCUAACAGUCACCAUGUACACCAUCUUCCAGGAGCGUGAGCUGCUUAAGUCCUUUAAGAUUCCAGUGGACACUUUUAUAACUUUCAUGAUGACUUUAGAGGAUCAUUACCAUUCGGACGUGGCCUACCACAACAACAUCCAUGCUGCAGAUGUGGUCCAGUCCACACAUGUCCUACUGUCCACACCUGCUCUGGAGGCUGUGUUUACUGAUCUGGAGAUCCUCGCCGCCCUGUUUGCCAGCAGCAUCCACGAUGUGGAUCACCCUGGAGUUUCCAAUCAGUUCCUCAUCAACACAAACUCAGAGCUGGCCUUGAUGUACAAUGACUCGUCAGUGCUGGAGAAUCACCACCUGGCCGUUGGCUUUAAGCUGCUGCAGGAAGACAACUGUGACAUCUUUCAGAACCUCAGCAAAAAGCAGAGACAGUCGCUGCGUAAAAUGGUCAUAGAUAUGGUGCUGGCCACAGAUAUGUCUAAACACAUGAACCUUCUGGCAGACUUGAAAACUAUGGUAGAGACCAAGAAAGUCACCAGUCUAGGAGUUCUACUGCUGGACAACUACUCAGAUCGCAUACAGGUCCUUCAGAACAUGGUCCACUGUGCAGACCUGAGCAACCCCACCAAGCCUCUUGAGCUGUACCGGCAGUGGACAGACCGCAUCAUGGUGGAGUUUUUCACUCAGGGGGACAGGGAGAGAGACAAAGGCAUGGAGAUCAGCCCCAUGUGUGACAAACAAAAUGCCUCGAUCGAGAAGAACCAGGUGGGUUUCAUUGACUAUAUUGUUCAUCCUCUGUGGGAGACAUGGGCUGACCUUGUUCACCCAGAUGCUCAGGAGAUCCUGGACACACUGGAGGAUAACAGAGAGUGGUAUCAGAGCAUGAUCCCACACAGCCCCUCACCCAACCCAGAGGGCCAGGACGAGGGAGCCCUUGCCGGGGAAGCCUCAUCGCUUGGUGGGAAUGGUGGCUCCACUUCGGCUGACAAGUUCCAGUUCGAGCUGACUUUGGAAGAAGAAGGAGAGUCUGAUACUGAAAGUCCACCUGAGGAAGAGGAAGGCUACAGUGGCAGCAGGGGGCCUGAACUUUCCAGAACUGAUUCAGGCAGCAGUUUUGAUCCGGUAUCUGCCACGACUCACCUGCUCACCAGAAAGCUCACUACUGAUUCAGGCAGGACAUUCUCUUUAGACUCUGAGAAAGACAUGGCCGAAGACAGAGAAAUAGACCAGGAAAGUGUCUCUGGGGUACCGCGCUUCAGACUUGGCACAUAGCACUAGUGAAAGGUUGUAUUUCUUUUAGCCUUUUUUUGUUUAUUUUUCUUGAUUUUGGUGCCUCAUCCUCUGUCACUCUCCUUCUCUCACUCCAACCAAACACCAUCACCUCUGGUUUCCGUGGACAGGGUGAGAGCAAGCCUCGGGGUGGGGAGUAUGGGGGUGCAGGUGGGUCUGAGGGGUGUUAAGAAAGUCUGCAGUUUUACACAGCAGUCACUUGCACUGGAGAGAGACAGACUGACUCACUGUUCCAGUAGAGGACGGGAAACCAAGUUUCUGACUAGUCCUUCAUGUUCUGUGUCUUUCACUCAGACAUACUGUGGAUUACGUUCUACAGGGACUACAAGAAGUUUAAAUGAAGCUUCCCUUUUACCAGCCAACCCAAGGUCUAUGACAACAAAUGACAGAACUGUCUUCCUCUUUUGGAGUAUUUAGGAAGAAAAAGAGGAAGUGAAUGAAUGCUCGUGAAAACUCAGCAAAGUCUUGCAACACAUUUUGCCAAACUUGCAAUUUACAGGGACAGUGCUGUUUUUCCUGCCUUUUUAAGUUUUUCAUCGGUUUGUUUAUUCUGUUGUCUUCUGUUUAGUUCCAUACACACUGAAACAGAACAGUAAAUGAAGAUACAGAAAAGUGAAACUUCAAAGCAGUGUAUGUGAAAACAGGGCAGAAAGGAGCUGUGCAUGAUGUUAUGCAGGAAAUUUUAAAUGUAGCAAACAUUUUGAGUAAGUUUGUCAUUAUUAUUGUAUACGUAGCACUCCUUUCAGUUAAUGCGCUUCAUUUCAUUGUGCUCAGCAAGCAGUUAUUUUGGGAGAAUAUGAUUAUAAUGAAGUAACUGGCAAUACAUAUUAUUUGGAGAUUUUUACUUGAUUCAGGCUCACUAUUUCCAUUUUUACAAUGCUAAACUAUGGUAUUGUGACAGCAACAAAACUGAGCCAGUGUCAGCGUAGUGUUACACAGUCAUAGAGUAAGAACGAAUGCAGUAUGGGCUGUGAACAUGGUGCCUCCCAGUGUUGACAAGUGGAACUGAAGUUCUGACAUUGGAGGCAAAUGACUUGCAGGGUUUUGCAUAGCCCUGUAUGGAAAAUACAUUCAAAACGUAUUUAACAGUAGGACUGCCCAAAAUAUCAGUUAUGUUUCAGUUUUGUUGUUCUUUUGAUUAAUUUGGGUUUUUUAAGGUCUUUCAAGUAGCUAAUGUUUUCGUUUGUAUUUGGCACCCAUUUUAUCAGUUUGCCUUCAAGUUUAGCACUUUACAGUUUUGUUCAUAGCUAGCCCUCAUUGUGGUUUUUAAGGGCUUGAGCCAAAGCAUGAACACGUUGGAGGCAGUUGUCAGUUGUCAACAGUUUGUCACUCACUGUUCAGCAACCAGCACAGACAUUAUGCAAAAACUUAAAGUUACAGUACAGCUACAAAUGCAUUAGACAGUCCACUCACAUCCCUUAUCAUAACAGUAACUCAAUAACAUCUACUUCCAUAAGUUAGUGUUGUGAUAAGGGCAGUGUUUUACAAGGGUUGCAGAGAAGGAUGUUGGCUUCAUUGUAACUGUAAAAAAUCUGGGAGCUUACAAAGAGACAGUUUCCUGUGCCAGAAUUAUUUUCAUCUUUUUUUCUCUCUCAUUGAUCAAUAUUUUGCUCUUCACAGGGACAUAGUCAAUGACAAAACAAGUGCCAAGCAAGCAUGACACAACCCGUACUGUAAUUUCCAUUUUGCCACUGGCUACUUUCCAUCAGUGACUGAUAAAGUUGGUUGAUUGUAGCACUCCGUGUGCCAAUCUGACCACAGUGUCUCUUUUCCUUUUUUCUAACUCCUCCUAAAUUAGUAACUGAAACUGAUAUUGUCUUAAAACAGUGAUGUGUUUUUUGUGUGUGAAUGAAUGACUGGGUUGACCUUUUUGAUGUAUUUGCUAAGAAAAAAAAAACCAAAGCACUUUGUAUGGUACUUUUACAGUUCUGCACUUCCAGUACAGUUGAAUAUGUACAGUAUAACGUGACUGUUUCACUGUUUUUCUUCUGGCAAAUGGUCUGGUGGGUGAGUUGGAUUGCAUGGGCCACUACAGCUCUUAAAAGUUGGAUGUUGGAGGGACUGAUUUUUUUUUCUUUUCUUUUUAUAAUUGACUGUAAAAAUGUGUUUUGCUGAAAUGCAUGACAUUGGCUGCAGAAUUCAAAGAAUAUGAAGAGUAUAUUAGCCUGUGGAGAAAGUUUAUUUUAAUACCAUAGAACUGAGUAAAUCAUCUUUUCUUUUCACAUGUGAACGAGCUUUUUUUUUUUUUGCUUUUUUGAUGCCUUAUUUUCAAAUGUGGAAUUUUUAUUUUCUGGUCAUAGAUUGGUUAACUGACAUGCUGGAGUAAUACUUGUGCAAUCCUUUCUGUAGCUAUAAACACCAAACAGACCAACUCUCAAGGAUGCCUUCAACGCUAAGGACUAACAACAACAGCUUAACCAGCACAACAAGAUUCAGAGUCUGUCUCUCUGUGUCACCGAUUGAUUUUGUACAUUUUCCUCACAGUGCUUCAUGUACAGUUUAUUUAUUAUAUCUGUAUUAUCUGUCAGAAACAUUGGAUCAGUAGACUUUAUCUUAGUCUGAGGUUUAGUACUUAUGUGUAGCUCGAUGUGUGAGAAAGUCAGACGCAGCAGAUUUCAACUGUUUUUUUCCUUCUCGGUUCAUUUCUUUAUGUCUGCAGACAACAUUAUACAUAAGCAAAAAUACUCGCUUUAAUGUUUUUCUUGGUAUAAAAUAGUUGCGUGACAAAUUUACAUCUGGGUUUUCUGAAACAUCUCUCCUCUACUGUCUUCCUCCGUUUUCUCGUAACUGGUCAGAUCACAUUUUCAUGAAGGAUCUUCCAGUAGGCCAAGUGUACUGAUCUGAGACUUUUUUGAUUCAUAGAUAAUAGUCAUAUGACCUCAAGCCAUCCUAGAUCAGCUGUUCUGUUCUGUUCUGUUCUGCUCUUAGAGAGUUUAUGAAUAUGGAUCAUGAACUAAGACUCUGCAGCUCUGACAAUCCAAACUCUGCUGUUUAACUGCAGGUGUGUUAGCACUCUUCAGCUAGAACUGUAUGCCUUGCCAAUAAAGGAAAAACUCUUUACUCUUUGA